CACGAUCCACGCGGGGGGGCAACGUUGACCUUCAUUUUCUGGUGUGUUCUGCACGAUUCACGCGCGCCCGUGGUCGCAGUCGGCGCCGCCGCCGCUGCUGCUUCCUCGCUCGAGCUUGCCGCUGCUGUUGCUGCUGCCUUCCUGCUUCUGCUACCGCCCCCUCCUCGGUGGCAGUGGCUGCACACCCCGUGGCAUCGCGUCGCAUCUCCAUGACCUCUUGGAGCCCAUCGCUGCGAGGGCCUCUUCGACGGCCGUUUCCGAUCAAGCCUCCGAAGCGCCCGCCCGCACCUCCGGGGACCGCUGCUCCGAAGACACCAGCCAGGAGAAGCCAGAAGCCAUGGCCCUCCGGUCCAAGGCGCUCCCGGCGGCCGCCGUGGUGUCCCUGUGCCUCCUGGCGCUGCGCGGCCUGGUCGCCCCUGGCCACGGCCAGGCCUUCGUCGCGCCGCAGGGCGGCGCCUCGCAGUCGGUGCACCGCCAGUGCAGGCAGGUGGCCGGCCGCAGCUCCUUCUCGCUCGCCCUUGGUCAGGCCGCGGCCAUCGUGAGCGGCGUCCCAGCGCGCCCGGGCGUCGCAGCGCACUUCAAGGUGACCCUGGAGACCCCAGACGGCACCCAGGAGUUCGAGUGCCCCGAGGACGUGUACAUUCUGGACCAGGCGGAGGAGGAGGGCCUGGAGCUUCCAUACUCCUGCCGUGCUGGCUCUUGCUCCAGCUGCGCAGGCAAGGUUCUCUCUGGAGAGAUUGACCAGUCGGACCAGGCCUUCCUCGACGAAGACCAGACGGGGGAGGGCUUCUGCCUGACGUGUGUCAUCAGAGACGCCUCCGGCCAAUCACCGCCGCCCCCUGCCUUCUGGGAACUUCCUCUGUGGUCUGUGGACGGUCUGCGCGAUAUUUUUUGUCAGACCUGCGAUUCCCCGAAUGUUGCCGGAACGAGUUGGGCAGAGUUAUGGAAGGACCAGGUCUACAAUUUUACGAUUCCCUGGGUGAUAUUCGGGGGCAUGUUUGGCUGGCGUGGAACUCGCUGGUGGACAUGCCAAGCUCAGCUGCAGCGUUCGGGCAGAUGCACAACAGGUGGUGUCUUUGACGCACACUCAUCUGCAAAUGAUACCUCGUGGACCCUGAAGGGUGGCCCUGCGAAUUAUAGGAUGUGUCAUGUGCAGGAUGUGAUCUAUGGGACCCUGUCUUGUGGUAACCCUAUCGUCUGGGGCCUUGUCUUGCGAUCCUAUCGUGUGGGUCCCUGUCGUGUGGGUCCCUAUCGUGUGGGUCUACCAUGUGGGACCCUACGCCGCGGAACCCUGUUAAGUGAUUCUCUGUGGUAUGUGACUGAAUCAUGUGGGACCCUUUCGAAGACGCCUGCGGCGAGUCACCACCGUCCCCUGUCUUUAUGGGAAUGCCGACGUGGCCAAACGUUGGGCCAGAGCUUUGCCAAGCUAUUGGACUAUGUGCUUCCCUACCCGUUGUGGACCCCCUCCGUAGAUUUUUGCGGGGGGACAAAGGGAAGAGGGGGAGAGGGGAGAUAA